GAUGGACCUGGCGCGGCGGCUGCAGCGGCAGGAGCCGGUGCUUGAGCCCGAGCGACGGCGCUGGCGGAGACACCGGCUUCUCCUCCCCUCCCCGCCGCAGGUAUUGCUGUCUUGAGGAGACACACCCGUGGUUAGCACUCUCUGCAGAUGCUGACAGUUGGUGAACAUAAGAUUUAGAAGACGGUCUCCAUCUUCCAGAUUGGAUCUCUCUUCAUGUGGAUCUUCUAUUUCUAUGUCUUUUUAAACAACACAUUUUUUGGAAACAUUUUGGAUUACAGCUGUUCAUCCUCAUCUAUGUAAACAAAGGAAAGCUAUUGUGCUGGGAUUUUGAGGAGGAACUUUCCCAGGAGUGGCCCUUCUUACAAGUGUAAAUAAAAGGUCUCAAGUGUGCUGCAUUAGUGUCCUCCCAUGUGACAAAUAAUACUCUGAAUAGGGGAGACAGUCUGAUACAUAGGUUUUGGAGUUACUUGUGUAAGAGACCAGUGUUCAAGAUAGUGUAUUUCAAGAAUGAUGAGAAGCCUGAGCUUUCUGGAGCAAAUAUUACUGCUUAAGAGAGCAAGAAGCUGGUCUGAUUUCCCUGACCAUCCAGCUUUUCCUAACAGGAUUCCAGUACACCUUAGAAGUGCUUGAGGAAGAGUGAUAAAGCUCUGAAUCGUGUCCUGCAGCAGAUCCGAGUGCCACCCAAGAUGAAGAGGGGGACGAGCUUGCAUAGUAGGCGGGGCAAGCCAGAGGCCCCAAAGGGAAGUCCCCAAAUCAACAGGAAAUCUGGCCAGGAGAUGGCAACUGUUAUGCAGUCAGGCCGACCCAGGUCUUCAUCCACUACUGAUGCUCCCACCAGCUCCGCCAUGAUGGAAAUAGCUUGUGCCGCUGCUGCUGCCGCUGCGUGUCUGCCAGGGGAUGAGGCGUCUGCAGAGCGGAUUGAGCGGUUGGAAGUAGGCAGCCUCGCCCAGACUUCCAGUGCAGUGGCCUCCAGCACCGAUGGCAGCAUCCACACAGACUCUGUGGAUGGAACGCCAGACCCUCAGCGCACAAAGGCUGCUAUUGCUCACCUGCAGCAGAAGAUCCUGAAGCUCACAGAGCAGAUCAAGAUCGCGCAGACAGCCCGGGACGACAACGUUGCUGAGUACCUGAAGCUUGCCAACAGUGCAGACAAGCAGCAGGCUGCCCGUAUCAAGCAGGUCUUUGAAAAGAAGAACCAGAAAUCUGCCCAAACCAUCCUCCAGCUCCAAAAGAAGCUUGAGCACUACCACAGAAAGCUCCGAGAGGUGGAGCAGAAUGGGAUCCCCCGGCAGCCAAAGGACGUCUUCAGGGACAUGCACCAGGGUCUGAAGGAUGUGGGAGCGAAGGUGACCGGCUUCAGUGAAGGUGUAGUGGACAGUGUCAAAGGUGGACUUUCCAGCUUCUCCCAGGCGACCCAUUCAGCAGCAGGGGCUGUGGUUUCAAAGCCCAGAGAGAUCGCCUCACUAAUUCGGAAUAAGUUUGGCAGUGCAGACAAUAUCCCUAACCUGAAGGACUCUUUAGAGGAAGGACAAGUGGAUGAUGGGGGGAAGGCUUUGGGAGUGAUUUCAAACUUUCAGUCGAGCCCCAAAUAUGGUAGUGAGGAAGAUUGUUCUAGUGCCACCUCAGGCUCAGUGGGAGCCAACAGUACCACUGGAGGCAUCGCUGUAGGAGCGUCCAGCUCCAAAACAAACACCCUGGACAUGCAGAGCUCAGGAUUCGAUGCACUACUGCAUGAGAUCCAGGAGAUCCGGGAAACCCAGGCCAGACUGGAGGAAUCCUUUGAGACCCUCAAGGAACAUUAUCAGAGGGACUAUUCAUUAAUAAUGCAGGCCUUACAGGAGGAGCGAUAUAGAUGUGAACGAUUAGAAGAACAACUGAAUGACCUGACAGAGCUCCACCAGAAUGAAAUCUUGAACUUGAAGCAGGAAUUGGCCAGCAUGGAAGAGAAGAUUGCAUAUCAGUCCUAUGAACGGGCCCGGGACAUCCAGGAGGCCCUGGAGGCAUGCCAGACCCGCAUCUCUAAGAUGGAGCUGCAGCAGCAGCAGCAGCAGGUGGUGCAGCUGGAGGGGCUGGAGAACGCCACGGCGCGCAACCUGCUGGGCAAGCUCAUCAACAUCCUCCUGGCGCUCAUGGCCGUCCUCCUGGUCUUCGUCUCCACGGUGGCCAACUGCGUGGUCCCGCUCAUGAAGACGCGCAACAGGACGUUCAGCACUUUAUUCCUUGUGGUCUUCAUUGCCUUUCUCUGGAAGCACUGGGACGCCCUCUUCAGCUACGUGGAGCGGUUCUUUUCCUCCCCGAGGUGAUGCUGGCCCCAGGAGGCCGUGCUCCCCACCAUCUGGCCAGUGCACGCAGCGAGGACUCAGACAGCGACAUACCUACUCUGAAGUUUUCUACAGCAACAAGAGAGUUGAGUGAAUCUGUUUACAUUUAGAAUAAUGUUUUUUUCUUCAAAAGACGCAAUUGCAAUAGUAUUUUUUAGAUUUUAUCCAAGAAGUUUUUUGGGCAAAAAUCUUGGAUCAUUUUUAUGUAGCAUGAUUUUCCUUGGGAUGCAGAUCUUAAACAGUCCUUUAACAUGAACCAACAAUCUGGAGCACACCGAAGGGCAUUCUAAAUUGUGGCUUGAAGGACUGCACUAAAACCCGAUUAGGGAAACCAGUUAAACCUAACACCCUGCCUUGUCUGGGCUCACCACCUCUCCCCUCCCAGACUAACUUUACUGUGAAGUCCUACCACAUUCCAUGUCUGAAUUUCUGGAUUCAGGGUGGAUUUCCCUUGUCCGUGGAUGAACACAUGGAUCUCCCUGGCUUUCUCACCCAAGUUGGCCACUCACGCUAACUCUGGAAGUGUGAUCACUGUUGAACCUGGUCCCUUAACCUUUGCUGGGAUACAGGAGUGAGAGCAUCGUGCCCCAGAGGAUCACUGCACAGCCCUACUACAUACAGUAUUUUGAAACAGCCCUCUAAAUACUUAAUUUUAAGCAAAUCCCAUGGCCGCACUUUUAAGGUUUUUUUAAAUAUGUGUAUAGUCACCAAUUUAAAAAACAAAAAAAUCUGAACAGCAUACUUGAAGAAUGUAAACUCAGACUCUCAGUGCUUCCUUAUGGUUUCUAAUAGGAUUUUUUAUUGUUAUUAUUAUUAUUGGGUUUUUUUGGAAAGGGUUGGGAGGGUCUUUUAUUUUUCCUUUAAAAUAAAGAAGUGAUGUUUUUAAAUGAAGAAAUGUGUGGAUAUUUAAGUGUGCUGCUCCCUCUUGUCUUGAAACAAUUUGAGUGAAGGAAGACGUGCUGUAAAUGCUGCCCUCUGACACCCCUGUCCUGAGACGCAGCUUAAACCCCCUCCUCUGGCUGCUGCUCCUGCUUUUUGGUGUCCUGCCACCCCCACACCACCACUCUCUGGGCUUGGCUUGGCUGGAGAGGAAAGGGGGAGGCUGUUUCCACAGACCAGCAUGCUAGGAUAGAAGUUUUUUUGCCCCAAGAAUACGUUCACCCAGUGACUUUGGACUGCAUUGUCUUUAGGAAAAAUGGAGGCUAUGUUAUGAGAGUCAUAAGUAAUUCCUUGCAUUUUCUUAAUUUAUUUUUUAACACCCCCUAAUUACUGAAACCAAAGUGAUAUGGAAUUUUCUGUCUGCAUUUUGGCCCCAGCAUCCUUAAUUUCAAAGCUUUAUUCUGUCUCUCUGAGAGAAUCAACUAAAGGCGAUUCUCUCUAAAGAGCAGAAAGAGAAUGUCAGGUUAGAAGGACCCAAGUUUGGGGUAUAAAAUGUUGUCAGCUUCCUAUUCAUCAAGACUGAUAUAUUAACAUGGCUGUGCUCAGUGGACAUUUGUAGAUGGUUUAGAAAAACGGACUGAGCCUUCUUACCCAGCCUAUAACCAGCUCUACCGUCCUGGUGGACUUGGGGUUUUAGAGCAUGUCUAGAAAGCUUGGUCAGUCUUUUCCUACUAACAGUGCUGAAUCACAAAUGCUGUUCCCUCUUGGCCUCCGUUCUGUACCAACAGCAAGAGGCACCUACUGUGCCCUGAAGAGAGUAGCAGAGCAUGCUUGCCUGUCUCCCCCAGUCCAGGAGAUUCUCCUGGAACGAGAUUAGCAUUGCCUUGUCUGUCUGAGAGGACGCUUUACAAGACAGCUCCAGCCUCCUGUGGCUGGGCAGGCCGGCCUUCUCAGAGUCUGCAUGUUGUUUCCAUAAUCAUUUUGAUAUUGUAACUCAGGUACCCCAGCCUUCACUCUAUCCCCAGGUGACUGUAGUACACCUGUUAGCUCUGUUGACCUCUCAGAAUCAGUGCCCAGAGAAGGGACCACAGGGGUGAUUUUUCUUUUAAAAAAAAAUAACUGGAACCAAUUCCUAUUCAGGCCCAAAACAAAUUGUUCCCAAGCAUAUGUAUUUAAAAUGUUAACUUUGCCUAGAAAUAGUGCAGUGACUUUAGGCUGGAGUGCCAAGGGACCCCAUGACCUUGUCAAGCCAGCAGUUUCUCCUAACUUUCUGCUUUACUUUAAUCCCUCAGAGUGGGGAAGAGAGCCCCACCAAGUUAUUGAAAAGAUGCUCCAGCCACACCCUCCAAUUUUUCUAAGAUAGAACUUCUGAAUCCCCUGAACUGUGUGGAGGUCACUAAGUUUUGUGGGGCAUUGGAAGUCGCUGCGGCCGAUGGACUGAAGUUGUUCCCAUUUGCCUUGGGACAGUUUCUAUCAAAGGAGUGUUUUCACCUCUGGAAAGCUCCACGAGCUCCCAGCCAAACAGGCCCGCACUAACUCCCUCCUCCUCUCUCAGACUGUCCCAGGAAGGACCUCCGGGCUAGAUCAGGCACAGUGACGGCUCUCUGGCUUUCUGGUCCCUUGAUUAUUCACCAGGCCCCACAGUUGUCUGCAUUUAAUGCUGUCUGUAACCUUGCCUUGGUGUCAUGCCUUCGGCCCACUUUGUGCUGCCCGCACCUGCUGCCUUUGAGUGUCUCUGCACUGCGGCUGUUUUUGGAUUCUCUUGUCUGUUCAGAGCUCUUCUGCACCCUCGCCCUCAUGGUUUAACAGUUCUGUGGGUGGAAACCUCGCUCUAAUGCUUCUCCUCUUUUAAAGACUCCGUGCAUUCCCUUUGAAAUGAAGCAUUCCUGGAUCACUGUUAGUGCUGGUGUGUGAGGCUGGCUGUGGCUGCCUGGGUGGCUCCGUUCAGGUUGUAGAGUGACUAACACUCUACCUUCUUUCUGGUAAUUGAAGGGCACUUCUGUCUGCUCCAAUUUCAGUUCUUCGGAAAUAUACUCAGUGCAUCCUAGCAAGGAAGGCUUUCGAUUCCACUGCCUCCUUAAGAAGCAAAAGCAGGUUGAAUUUUGUAACUUCGCUGGCUGGGUGGGAUCUUCUCUCUCCCCUGUUGAGGUGAAAAGCCUGGUACCAAGAAAAACACAGAUGGAGCCUUCCUUGCUAGCCAUGUCGUAACAAUGAGCAUAUUUUCAUGUGGUCUUUGCUGCAUUUGGUUUUGUUUUUGAUCUCAUAUUCCUUUGAGGUACAGUCCAAUGAGUCGCCGAACUCCAAGCGACUUCCAGUAAGGAGCUGCCUUUCAGCUUCAGAAAAUAUGCACCCUAAACAAAACCAAAUACUAUAACCAGAAAAUUGGCACAGGUAAAAUUAGGGUUCCCACCCCCAAAUGAAACCGGGGAUUUUGAACGUGGCUCUAAGAGUUAACACUUCUGUCUGUGUGUUGUGUAUGCUAGGUGAAGUUACCCUCGGUAGGACUGACUACUAGACUGUAAGUGUGUUUUAUCAACGUGUGUAAGAAUAAAAACUCACUUGCACGAAUUGAAAAGUACAGAAAUGACACUUGUGAACGUGUGAACGUUAACACUGUAGCUGAUAGAUCUUAAGCUGCUAAUUGUUGAGAGAGAAUUACAUUUAUGUUUUGUCUGGUCGCUGCCGAUUCUCAGCAGCACUUUUACUGUACAUACAAAUUGAAAUAAAGACCUCAGCUAUUAA